UAGUUGAUCCGAGUGUGUCUAUGGAGAAACACCGGUGCGCGGAUCGAUUCCUAGAGAAUCUUUCAAAGCAUCGAUUCGUUUUAACCAUAUCCCUCUUGGAGCAUGUCUCGAUUCUUCGUGACUACGCCAAUAUUCUACGUUAAUGCAGCUCCACACAUCGGCCAUUGUCAUACAAUCGUUCUGGCUGACGCACUACACAGAUUUCAUCGACUGAAAACGCCAGACUCCGACACUCUGUUUGUGACGGGCACAGACGAGCACGGUCUUAAGGUUCAAAAAGCGGCUGCACUCGCGAAGAAGAAGGAACAGUCUUUCUGUGACGACGUAUCGCAUAGAUUCCGGGAUCUCUGUAAAUUAGUAAAUUGCUCGAACACUGGCUUCAUUAGGACGUCGGAGGACCGGCACAAAAGCACCGUCCAAAAGUUCUGGGCAACUCUCGAAGAGCGAGGUCAUAUCUACAAGGGGAGCUACAAGGGAUGGUAUUCUACUAUCGACGAGGCUUUCGUGGCGGACGUUCAGGAAGUCGAAGUUGACCAACAGAAGUUGACCGUCGACGUCGAGACGGGGAAACCCGUUGAAUGGGUUGAAGAGGAAAACUAUCUCUUCGCUCUGUCGAGAUUCAAAGGCGAUCUCCUCCACUGGCUGGACAACGUUCCAGACCUAGUAUAUCCGGCAAAAUUCCAUAAGAUCCUCCGUUCUCUCGUCGAGGAAGAUCUCGGAGAUCUCUCUGUCUCGCGAUGCAGUCAGAGAGUGCGAUGGGCGAUUCCCGUUCCGGGUGAUGACAGUCAAAGCAUCUACGUGUGGUUGGACGCCCUCGUUAACUAUCUCACAGCAUCUGGCUACCCGAACGUGGAGCAUUGGCCUCCAUCGGUUCAGGUCAUCGGGAAAGAUAUCUUGAAAUUUCACGGUGUCUAUUGGCCAGCCUUCCUGCUGGCAGCAGGCUUAGAACCUCCUCGGAGACUCUUCUGUCAUUCCCAUUGGACGGUCGACGGAAGGAAGAUGUCAAAGUCAUCAGGCAACGUGGUGGAUCCUAUCGGUUUGGCAGAUAAGGUCACGGCAGAUGGUCUGAGGUAUUUCUUGCUUCGACAUGCGGUGCCUCACAGCGAUACCAAUUUCAACGCCUUGAAGAUGACUCGGAUAUUGAAUUCAGAGCUGGCUGGUUGCUACGGUAACCUCCUGAGCCGCUGUACAGGAAAGAACAUCAACACCAACCACAUGAUUCCAGGCAUGCCGAGAGAGGAAUCUGAGUUCAGUACGAUAUCUCGGCGUCUUCUGGAACAAUCGAUGGCUCUCCCGGCAAAGGUGGGCCCGCACUUCGAGGCAGGUGACUUUUACCUCGGAGUCGAUCUCAUCCACGCGACGCUGAGGGACACGAACCAGUACAUCGACCUGACGAAACCCUGGAUGUUGGGGGAGGAGCGGGCACUUGUUCUGCACACAGUGUUUGAAGUGCUCCGGACCAGCAGCAUACUGCUCCAACCCAUAGUUCCUGUGAUAAGUGAUCGGGUGCUAACGGAACUGAGAGUCGAGUCGCGUCUUUGGAAGGAUGCGGAGACACAUCGGAAUGAAGACAUACCCCUGGGGAAAUCAGGAGGCUUAGUUUUUGGGAAAUUAGAAACAUAAUAGUUAGGAGAGUAAAGCGUACGGUCAGAUCAUUGCGCGCAGCGAGACAAAUCAAGGGAAUUUCCAAUAAAUCAGAAUGGCGUCUUGAACGAGGCCGAAAUAUCUGGAAA